CCGAAAGCGAUGUGGGCUGCUUUCCCUCUGCUUCCGCAGGGCUCCUGGCGGGUGGCGGUGACCAAGUGGGUCCCGGGACUAGUGGCGAGACCUUAGGAUGCAUUAUAGCAUUGUCCUGAUUCUAUAAGUUUCCAUGUGUGUGGAUCCAAGAAUUUGUUGAGAGAUGGAAGAGCCUCAGAAAAACGACCUGAACGUGGCAGGGCAGGAGGAAGAUAGUCCAGUCAACAGCACCAGCCCUCAGAUUUCUGUGAAUGAAUUUUCCUGCCAUUGCUGUUACGACACCCUGGUUAACCCCACCACCUUGAACUGUGGCCAUAGCUUCUGCCGGCAUUGCCUAGCGUUAUGGUGGAUGUCUUCAAAGAAGACAGAGUGUCCAGAAUGCAGAGAAAAAUGGGAAGGUUUCCCCAAAGUCAACAUUCUCCUCAGGGAUGCCAUUGAAAAGUUAUUUCCUGAUGCCAUUAGAAUGCGAAUCGAAGACAUUCAGCAGAAUAACGACAUAGUGCAGAGUCUUGCAGCCUUUCAAAAAUAUGGGAAUGAUCAGAGUCCCUUAACUGCCAGCACAGCACGAGUGAAUCAGCAGAGAGGAGGGGGAUUCUUCUCUGGUGUACUCACAGCUUUAACUGGUGUGGCAGUCAUCCUGCUUGUGUAUCACUGGCGCAGCAGAGAGUCUGAGCAUGGCCUCCUGGUGCACAAGGCUGUGGCCAAAUGGACAGCAGAAGAAGUUGUCCUCUGGUUAGAACAGCUGGGCCCUUGGGCCUCUCUGUACAGAGAAAGGUUCUUAUCUGAGAGAGUAAAUGGAAGGUUGCUUUUAACUUUGACAGAGGAAGAAUUUUCCAGUGCACCAUACACCAUAGAAAACAGUAGCCACAGAAGAGUUAUCCUGAUGGAGCUGGAGCGUGUGAGAGCCCUGGGUGUGAAGCCACCCCAGAAUCUCUGGGAGUACAAGGCUAUCAACCCAGGCAGGUCCCUGUUCUUGCUGUAUGCCCUCAAGAGUUCCCCAAGGCUUGGCUUGCUGUACCUGUACUUGUUUGACUACACAGACUCCUUUCUACCCUUCAUCCAUACCAUCUGCCCUCUUCAGGAAGGCAGCUCUGGGGAGGACAUCCUCACCAAGCUUCUGGACCUGAGGGAGCCCACAUGGAGGCAAUGGAGAGAAUUCCUUGUCAAGUACUCCUUUCUCCCAUACCAGCUGAUUGCAGAGUUUGCCUGGGACUGGCUGGAGGUCCACUACUGGACAUCACGCUUCCUUAUCGUCAAUGCCAUGCUGCUGUCUGUUCUGGAGUUGUUCUCUUUUUGGAAGAUCUGGUCAAGAAGCGAGUUGAAGACAGUGCCCCAGAGGAUGUGGAGCCAUUUUUGGAAAGUGUCUACGCAGGGUCUAUUCAUGGCCAUGUUCUGGCCACUCAUUCCGCAGUUUGUCUGCAACUGUUUGUUUUACUGGGCUCUGUACUUCAACCCAAUUAUUAACAUUGAUCUGGUGGUCAAAGAAGUCCGGCGACUGGAAACCCAAGUGUUAUAAUCAGCCGCAAAGUCCAGGAGAGCCCUUGAAUCUCCUUGAUGUCCAAACUGUUGCAUUCAAAAGGCAAGCGACUCAUUUCUACCCCUGGUAAAGCAAGGUGCUGCUUCUACGAGUCAAGGCUUCAACCAGGUCCCCUCUUCCCCUGUCUCAAAAACAAAAACAAAGAAGGCCACCAUGGUCAGUAGCCUUAAUCUCAUGGACUGACAAGGCUCCCCAAACCAGGCUUAUUGAGGUCAGCCCUGUCCUAUGGGUCAAGUUCAGGAAAACAAGGAUAGGAUUUGGUCAUAGACAUAGGUAGUUUCAUACACAAAAUACAGAGAAAAGCCCAGAAUUCAAUCACAAUUUCUUAUUGAGUAGUUGGUAGAUUUCAGGGUAAAGCCAGCUUCAGGCUGAGUGAAGAUGGUCAGCUAUCUUAUUUCCUGUUUUGAUUAUUGGAAAUACAGCUGUCCUUCCUGUGACCAGGAAGCUGAAUGAGAUUCCCAUCAGGCUGAGACAGUCAGGUGACUGAGGGCACUGUUCGAGUUUCGCUUUGAGAAUUUAAUCUGCAGGAUAAAUCCAGUAUAGUCUAUUCAAGGAAAUAAUAUGUAAGCUGCUCUCAUACUGUAUAAUGUAUAAUCUUUAUUGUCCUGUUCUGGAGUGUAGCAGCAGGUAUAAUUAUGCCAAGUGCUGCGAUCAUAAAUAUGGAGUAAGCUGAAGAGUGACCUUUAUUUCCUGCUGCACAGCAGAUGUAGAGUGUGAGCUCAUCAGCCUUGGCCUUGUAGAAACAAGCUUACAUCCAAAGAGAGAGAAAGUGUGUGUGUGUUGGAGGGGGGGUGGUAAUUCAUUAACCCUUUAAGGUUUCACUUAAACUUUGCAUUUGAAAGUUUGGAAAAAUUACUUGAAAUAAAAAUUAAAGGUUUUUAUACAAAUGAAA